AUGGCUCAUAUGCGCAGGUAUGGUGUCCACUGGCAUGCGUUGGGCUUUGGCGCGAGGUGUACGGGGCUGUGCACGAGGGUACGGAGGCCAGAGAGCCCAGAAAUAGUGGCUAACAGUCACGGAGACUACCACAUUAUAGUGGAAGGCGAUUAUGAGGAAUCAGACUGCGAUGUUGCUUUGGUGAGGAGUCCAAGGGUUGAUUGCAGUGAUCCCACCGAAGCGUGGAGAAAAUCCAGGGUGGUUCUAACCACACUCGAUGGUCUCAGCGGUAAACUCCGGUUUGCCAACAAUCUUGGGUUUAAGAAGGAUGUAACUCUUCCUCAGUGCACUCGAAUUCUUCAAGAGAUGGGCUAUUAUGAGCUUAAUCAAGAAGCUGAAGACUUUACCCUUUCAUCAAAACUAUAA